UCACUCAACUUGUCAACACACUGUUGCGAGUGUAUGGCCAUUGGGAUAACCUCAAUGCCAAAGGUGCAACCCAGAUGGACGACUAACUAAAGGGCCAUUCAGCUUUUCCCUUUCCUUUUCUUUUUGGACGCCUUUUUGGAGAAUCGCGAACAGUGACCGCGUCGCGCUCAGUGCCUUGAGAUUUCCCAUAUAUUCUUCUUGUCUUCUUGUACCUUAUAUAUCCAUCCAUUACUAUAUGAUCAAACCAUGCCCUCCCUUCCCAAUGCUUCUACCGUCGUCUCCUGGUUCUUCUACCUAAUCCCAAUAUACAUCUUCGUGCUAGCACCGCUGUUCAGCCAGAUCUUCCCCUCAGACGAAGAAGACACCUGGGGCCUCGACUACGCGGUCGCAUACGAUGCCGAGGGAAACGAGAUACCAGCAUUGAAUCUGGAAGAUGAUAGCUUUAUCAGUCCUGAGGAUGACGUACCAUUGAAUUGCCCCCGGAGGGAAGCGGGUGAGGAUUUCAAGGUGCAUAUAUUAUCCCGGGACCCGUUGGUGAUAUACAUCGAGAACUUCCUCACGGAGAAAGAGGCGGAUCAUUUAGUCGAUGUUAGCGUUGGCCAUUACACCCCCUCCAUAAUCUACGACGGCAGCACGCAACGUAUUGACCCCUCCGUCCGCCUUUCUGACCGCGCCCUUCUCGCCCGUGACGAAACAGUCCGCUGCGUCGAAGACCGCGCGCGCGCGUUCCAGGGCUGGCGGCCGCAUCUAUAUAUCGAGCGCAUGUGGGCGCAGCGGUACAACGCGUCGGGGCAUUAUCGGCAUCAUUUCGACUGGGCUGGGUCGGCAGCUAGGGGGGGAGACAGGGUUAGUACGUUUAUGGUGUAUCUGGCGGCGGAUUGUGUGGGUGGGGGGACGAAUUUUCCGAAGUUGGGGUGGCCGGGGUCGAGGGCAUGGUGUCGGUUUUUGGAAUGUGAUGAUGAUCGCGAGGGUAGCAGCGAGAAGGAUGGAGGCGGUGUUGCUGGUGAGAACAGUGGUAAAAAGACAGAAGGAAUCACAUUUAAACCGAUCAAAGGGAACGCGAUAUUCUGGGAGAAUCUCCGGGCGGAUGGACGAGGGAUCCCGGAGACUUGGCACGGGGCGUUUCCAGUCAAAGAGGGGACCAAGGUUGGACUGAAUAUUUGGAGUUGGUAUCAGCCGCCGCGGAGGCACCGUGAUUGAUCCAUCAGGGGUCAGAAGUGUGGGAGGGUAAACCUGUCUUACUGUAUUAGGCAGCAGAAUGACGGAGCGGAGAAUGUCUUGGCCGACGGGGGAAAUGCCCAGAAUUGUUGCCGAGAGAGGAAGUCUUGGUGGGGUUGGUAUUAUUACCAAAUACGCCAAGAACUUGCUAUUCGUAAGUAAUUGUCGCAUACAUACUUGUAUUCAGAGAGUACUUUGUAGAGAAGAUGUUAUUUCUAUGUAUCUACAAAUAUAAUUAUCAUCAUG